AUGAGGGCUCUGAAUCUGCUUGGUUUGUCUACUGUGCUUGUCCUGGCUCAAUAUGCAGCUGCCCAAACCUGGUAUUUCCUAACGUUCUUCACCCCUCCUGGAUCCUACAUCACGUCCUAUUCCGGGAGUUUCGUCGCUCCAACGUUGCCCCAGGCUGCGACGUACUAUCUCUGGCCUGGUCUUCAACCCUCCGAUAACGCUGGGGUCUUACAGCCUGUGCUCGAUGGUCGAAGCGGGACAUGGUGGAUUGGUUCUGGGUGGUGUUGCUCCAAUCCUUCAUUGCCCUGGGGAAGUGGCUUCAACGUCGCCAACGGCCAAACGGUCCGCUUCAGCCUCAAGGUCAACAGCAUAUCGGGCGGGACAUGGGCCACCAACUUAACGAGCAGCGCGGGCGGCGCCGCAACGGGGUCGUUUCCUCUCCCAACCCACCCCAUGAACCAAGCAAUCAUUGCUAUCGAGCUGUACAACGUCGCGUGGAACUUUGGCCAGUUCGCGUUCAGCAACGUUGUCAUCGUCGCUAAUACCACGUCGACAAGUUGGUGCACGAACGGACCGACAAAUUACCAGAAAGCAGCUGUUGUGUCAAUGAGCACGCCGACAGCCACUGUCAGCGGUGGGCAGACGACUUGCAGUAUCGCGUCGGUUAUCCUCGUACGCCCAGCCUAA